UGACUGUAUGUGUGUGUACGCGCCGUGGCUGCCAGUGAACAUGGCGGAUGACAACGUAGAAGCGGAGCUCGAUUGGAGCGGCCAGGCCAGCCUGCUCGACGAGGAAACAUUUUUCGCCAUGGAGGGAUUGCAGGCCACCCUUCAGCAACACGAGGCCGAGCUUCGGCAGCAAGAUAUUUCCGAAGAAUCGUCCACGGAGUAUUGCAAUAACUUCUGCCAGGCUCUAAUGCACUAUGCUGGGAGCAGAAAUUCAGUGGAACACGGAUUGCCUCUGUUGGAAGUCUACUGUCUAUCCAUAAACUGUUUUGCAGCUGCCAGGCCACAUCUCACAGCCGACUCCCCAAAUGUUGCCCUUGUGCUCAAAAGACUUGCAUUGAGUUGCCUUGAAUUGUUGUUGUCAGUGCCUCAUAAUGAAAUACCUUAUGAAGCCUGGCUGCAGUUUCAUGGAUCAGUUCAGGCGGCCCAUGAGGCCAUGCUGGAGUAUGGCAGUACAGAUUUGCAGGCCCUGCUGAACAUAACAGGGGAGGGUGGAGCAUGGAAUAACCCUGUCCUGGUCUCUCUUCUUACCGGCCAGCCCACAGAACCUGAUGAGGUAAAUGCCUAUCUUGCUUUGGAGGGAGAGGGUUUCAUGGAAAUGAGGAUCAAACACCUGGAGAAAGUAGGGGAGAUAGAGAAAGCCCUGAUCCUCAACAAAGCCUGUGCUAACUGUAGCCUCAUGCCCAACCAGUCCACCUUUCGGCAAACAUUUGUCACCCAACUGUGCCAGCAGCUCCCUAGUGAGGAAGCAAUUAUAGAGAUUUCUAGAAUAGAUGGGAAAGAUGUCCUGGACAUUAUUUGCAACAUGGACACUGAAGGAGAUGAGAACACAGCCUUGAUCUUGUGCACCACCUAUUUGACACAACAGCUACAGCAAGAGAGCUUGUGUUGCACCUGGGAGUUAAUCCUUCUUUGGAGUAAACUACAGAGAAGAAUUGAUGUGUCGCUUGAAUCAUUUCUUGAACGGUGCUUGCAGUUUGGAGCCAUUUCCAAGACUAUCUACCAUCUCCUUUUCCUCAUUCGUGUCAUUCAGACAGAGACAAUGCACCUUGGCCUAGGAGUAUCAGUUGAACUGUGUGUGAAGGCUCUUCGGCUUCCAAAGCAAGAAGAUGUUGGCUCUAAAACAAUGGUCUGCAAGACUGUUGCCUGUCUCCUUUCUGAGGAUCUGGAGAUGAUACGGGCCUGUCAGCUCACAGAAUUUCUUCUAGGUCCUGCUCAGGAGGCCUUUGAUGUCCUCGAGGACCUCUACACACGUCCUGAUCAAAAAUAUGAUGAGGAAAAUGCCAUUAUUCCAAAUUCCCUGCGCUGUGAACUGCUACUUGCUCUGAAAGCACACUGGCCAUUUGACCCUGAAUUCUGGGACUGGAAAACAUUGAAACGGCACUGCAUUAGAUUAUUGGGGCUGGAACAUGAGGAUGAAGUGGAGGAUGAAGCAUCAUCCGAGGAGCUGUAUAAUCUAGAAACAGUUUUGAAUGAAAAGGCAGAGGAGGAGGAGGAGGAGAGAGAUAAGUGUGAAAUCAAUGGGUUUAGCAGCAACGAACAAGAGCAGACAGUGGAGAAAACAGAUACAACAAAGCAACACAAAGUCUCAAAGAAAAAAGCACAAGGUCUUAAAUGCCAGAAGUAUAAGUUUCUCUGCAAGAUAUGCCAUAAAGAAGUGGUUGAGUCAAGAAUCUGUCACCACACCAAAAAGCAUAUGGAGAAUGGUGUGUGGAGGUGUCCGGUAUGUCUGCAAGAGUUCAAAAGUAGGAAGGAGUUUGUGCCACACUCCAAAAAACACAUUCAGAUGCCUACAAAGGUCUGUCGCUGGAAAAAUAAAGUGAAGAAGGUGGACCAGAAAAGCGAUUUUAAGGAGGAUGGUUUCGAAGACCUAGAACCUGGUCAGAUUCCUUUAGACCCUUCCCUUGCUAUGUACUAUCAGUCCACCCAUGACCCUGUUGUAUUAGAACAUAUUUUAGAGCAAGCAGCCAGUGUGCCUAAAAAGCAAGAAGAAAAUGACUAUAUCACAUUUGACUACAUCAACAAAUACUUCAAAUUGCAGGAUCGUGAUGUUUACCAGUGUCCAGCCACUGGCUGCUCAAAGAAUUUUAAACUUUUCAAGUACAUGGGUAUACACAUAAAAAAUGAUCAUGAUAAUGAAGACCCCAACGUGAAACAUUAUCUGGAGAUGAAAGACCGCCGGGAGAAGUGCACUUUCUGCCGGAAAACCUUUAUGACUGCCUACCACCAUCACAAGCACCGUCCGGUCCAUUAUGGAGAUCAUCCUUUCAUGUGUGUGAUUACCGGAUGUGGCGCUUGUUUUGACACCACCAAUGAACUCUUUGCUCAUAAACAUAGUCAUGGGUAUCGUUUGUCCUACAGCUGUGAGUUGAAAGGCUGCAGUUUUACAUACUGUGACCUUGGGCAGCUCUACCACCAUGAGGCACAGCACUUCCGCGAUGCUGCUUACACAUGCACUGGUCCAGGUUGCAAGCAAUUUUUCUACUCGCGCAAAGAAUUUCUAAAGCACUUGGCCACCCAUAACAUCACUUUCACAGAGGAAGACUUUGAGAGGCAGAGGAAAAUUAAAAGGAAACUUUUGAUUCCAAAUGUAAGAGAUGAUAUGGGCUCUGGGUCAAAGGUGGAAUUAGAGAAUGACGUUCAAAAAAGUGGUUCAAGUUCAUCAUCUCAGCUCUCAGAAUGCAAAGAAUCUAAGGCUUCAUUGACAUGUGUUGCUGUUUGCUUUGAUGGCAAAAAAUUUACCUGUGGCCUAAAAAGGUGUGGGAGGACUUUCACUACCACCAGAGAACUUCAGAAGCACUUGAAAAUUGCCCAUGCAGACGAAUUUAAUGAGGAGGAACAAUUAUGCAAAAAAAAAGGACAAGCAAAGCAUUUUAAGACCCAAGGCAUUGAAUUGCAUAAACAUGGCCAGGAUAAUGUGUCCUCUACAGAUGAAUCUACUCAAGAAAAGGAUCUCUCACCUGGUGGUGAUUCUGUAGAUUGUGACACAACCCUUUCAGACAUGGAACUCAGUGCAACAGUAACUGAGAUCAUGCUUGGAUUGAGUCAGCUAACCCUUAAUUCCCAAAGCGCCAGCUAUGUUAGGCGGAACGCACAGAUAUCUGUUUCAGGAUCUAACACGUCAGUGGUCACUUGCCCCCCUAGCUUGAAUGCAAGAUCACCAGCCAAAGCAGCAACAAACAACAAAACUGAGCUGAGAACUCCUGUGGAAGGUAGUGAUUCAAAGAGACUUGCCAAAGCAACAACAAGCAACCAAACUGAGCUAAGAUCUCCUGUGGAAGGGAGUGAUUCAAUUAGACCCACCAAAGCAACAACAAACAACAAAACUGAGCUGAGAACUCCUGUAGAAUGUAGUGGUUCAAAGAGACUGCCCAGCAAGACUGAAUCACCACAAACACCUGAUAACAUUAAGGAAUCUGUCUUGGAGAAGGAUGAACCACAAAGUGAGAUCCUUGUGCAUCCCCAAACCCAGCCUUACACCUGUGACGCUAAAAGCUGCCACCACCAGAGUGCUACUAGUCAUGCUUUAAUGCAGCACUAUAUUCUGGUUCAUGGUUGCUCUUCAGAGGAGGUGAAUCAGAUGGAGGUGUUUCAGUCUCAAACAUUGAAGCCUUUCAAAGCACUUGAUGAUAACGUUAAAGAUUCUGUCUUGGAGAAUGAUCAACCACAAACUGAGUUCCUUGUGCAGCCCACAGCCAAACCUUACACCUGUGAAGCUAACAAUUGCCACUACCAGAGUGUUACUAGUUGUGCUUUAUUACAGCACUAUAUUAAGAUCCACCACUACUCAGAGAAAGAGGUUAAAGAGAUGGAGGUGUUUCAGUCUCAAACAUUUAGGUCCUUCCAGUGCCAUCUCUGCUCCAAGUGCUACAAAAACAAAAUACAGUUGAGGGUCCAUUAUAGACGGAUGCAUUGCAUAAAUGAAGCAGUUGUUGAACAGAUGAGUUGCUCUUCUAAAAAGAAGCUGGCUGAUGAGGAACCUGUUUUGUCCUCAUCCAAAAUAAAAAAUAGAAAGAAGUCACAAUCAUCAAAAGUGGAUGAGGUUAAAUCCCAAAGAAGAGAUGCGUGCAAAUGGCAACAGAGAUGCCAAAAAAGAGAUUAUCGAUUGUGGACAAGAACACUAGAUAGGAAAAAUGGCAAAGUUAAAACUGAAGAGAAAAGGCAGACCAGCAAAAAUGUAUCAUCACCGCAGCAGGUCACUUCUGAGACUUGCGCUAAUGUGAACCAUUCAGUGGAUGAUGGUAGGGGAAGCCGCCGCUUGGUUGCAAAAGGGAAUCUGAGCUACAUCCUCGGCAAAUGCAACAAAGCCUUUCCCUGCGUACACACAAACUGUAACGCUGCCUUCAGCAAUCAGAAAGGCCUCAAUGGCCACCUUCAGUUUAUACAUCACUAUAACCGCUCACAGUUGGGCUUCUCAUGUGAACACAAAGGAUGUGAUAAGCAAUUUAACCAUUAUUCUAGUCUUACUAGACACAACCGCCAAGUGCACAACCUUACCAGUAAAACAACUUCAAAAACAUCCUGCAGUGGGAAUACUAAGAGCAUAACAAAAAGACAGACGGCCACAUUGGAAGAGCCCAUACCGAGGUUUAAGUGUACCUAUGCUAACUGUAAUGAAUCAUACCAUCUCAAAAGCAGCCUCUUGCGGCACACUAGUCAGUUUCACCGGAACCAGCCUCCCUCAAAUCCAGUUGCCUCAGCUGUGAACUGCGAGUUUAACCCAAGCUAUAAAAAACAUGUGUUCUAUAGGCACUGUGAUCCAUCUGAUUCUCUUGUGGUGCGUCUUCAGAGUACACCUAAAAAAGAGUCAAAUAGUGGAUGCCAAACUAAGCUGAUCAUCUCACCCUCCUCUCAAUCGUCAAAAAACUCUCAAAAGCGAACUCUCAAGCAGUCUUUAAGAUUCUGCCGCAAGGGCCAGGAACUUGCUCAGUCUGAGGAGAACUUUGAGUCGAUUGAAGAAACGACAGAGAAGGAGCAAGUUAAAGUAUCUAUAAAACCAAAAUUCCCCCCCCAAAACGAAUUUGACCUGAUUGUCUUCCGAACACAUGAGGAGGCUUUGCAGAUGUGCCAAGAUCGCUGCCUGCCAGUGGCCUUCCCUUGCAUGGUACAGAACUGUGACUCUGUGGUUGCAUCUAAACGUAGUUUGAAGCGACAUUACAUGAGUUGUCACAAAGUUGCACGCAAACAGUUGGCUGAUAAUAUGGACAAGUUGUUUUACACUACUGAAAAACUUGAGGAGAUUAUACAAAAGAAAUCUGCUGUUUCUGCUAUACCUGAUUUAACACGGAUUCCAAAUGGUGUCCUCAAAAUGGAGUACCAAGCAGAGCCUUCGACCCCAGGUGGCCCAUCACUGCCAAUGAGCCUCCAUUCUAUCAAAACUGAGUCAAAGGGGCAGGAAGUGAUUCAUUCUUUUGAAUCAGAGUUUUCAGGGGAGUCACUCCAUGACAGCAAUUUGCUUAUUGCCGCAGAUGAUUUGCUCUAUGGGGAAUCAAGUGGGCAACCUGAAGAGCCUAUUUCUGAGGAGAGUCAAAGCCACGAGAAGAGGUCAAGCGCACCUCCCCUUAUACGUCCCCCACCAUUGGACCUCUCGCCACCCUCUACCCUCAGAAUAGCUUUUGAUGAAAGUUCAUUUGAACCCUCUGUUAGAGACAGUUAUAGUAAAUCCAUUAACAUUCCUCCCUCUGUUUCCAUAUCAGCUCCGACCACAACCCGGCAACCUCUCAGGCGGAAGAAUGAACUCUCUGAAGCACCAACCCUAGUCCCUCAUUCACCAAUCUCAAAGGAUCCCCGAACACACAGUCUAGUCCCAAGAGCUUUUGACAUCGCAGCUUACAAACCAAUUGGCUUUGAGUCAUCAUUCUUGAAGUUCAUUAAGGAGAAGGAAGAAGAGGUAAAAUAUGACAAGCAGUGGACUGCAGUAGUAACUAAUACUUGCCUCAAGCAAGAUCUACCUCGUCGGCGAGAUUGUUUACGACGCAACUGCUCAGUCAAAGAGAACAACGAGAGAGGAGCCGCAAUCUCUCGAAGCCGCAGGUCUCGAUCAUCACCUCUGAGGCAUUUGAUCUCUAAAGAAGAGUGUACCUCAAUCCAGAAUCUCCGGCUCAUUAUGGAGAGGGCUUUAAGGGGCUUUGGAGACCAAGCUAUAAAACAGCUGCAGUUCUUGAAGCCUGUGGUGGUUCUAGAGAGGCCCAAGUCCUCUGCCUCCAUUCUUGAUCUUUUACCCUCUGAAACUAAAGCUUAAGCUUCUACAUGGCACUAAGGCAGUUAAAACUCUAGCCCACUUUUUUUAUUUGAAAGACUUUCAUAGUAUUUUUUUAUAUCAUAGAUACAAUUUUUGUUUUUUUGGUGCCAGGGUUAGGCACCUUGUUUAAGUUGUGGCUGUUUAUAUGUGUGUAUAUAAGGUUAAAUGAAAAAAAUAAAAAAAAUAAAAAGGAAAUUAAAUUUUGAA